AUGGCUGAGACGUCCCAAGGCGACGGAAUCAAGAAAGCAUCUCCGGCUGGCAGCGACGACCGCAUCGGCGCCCUGCCGGACGCGCUCCUACAGCAGGUGCUCUCCCUCCUGCCCUCUCGCGACGCUGUACGGACGUGCGUGCUCGCCGCCCGCUGGUGCACCCUCUGGAAGUCCGUGCCCUCCCUUCGCAUCGGUGCUGCUGGCGAGAGAUACGGGAGCGCGCACGCGCUCAGCAAGUUUGUCAGUCACCUGCUUCUCCUUCGCGACCGAACGCCUCUGCUUGAAUGCGAGAUCAAUUCACAUGAUUGGUAUCCUGACGGGGACACCGAUGAGGCAUUCCGGUACAUUGAACUCUUGCUGCGCUACGCUUUAUCCUGCCAAGUUCGGGUGCUCCGUGUGGAUGUCAAAGAAGGUAGACGCUUGUGUCUAUCCGACGUGUCUCUUCUCAGCGACUGCUUGACGAGUCUGGAGGUCUCCUUUGUAGAGGUUGUGGGACGCUUUCUGGAUUUUUCGAGCUGCCCGGCAUUGAAGGUGUUAAAGCUGAAACACUGUGCAAUAGACGCUGACAGGAUCUCCUCACAAUCACUAACUAAUCUUAUCAUCCAUGAUGUGACUUUUUGUUCCAAUGGCCGCACUCGCAUUUCUGCCCCAAGUCUUAUUACCUUGCAGCUAGAUAGCUUUACAUGUCAUACUCCUCUGCUUGAGCCUAUGCCAUCACUGGUAAGGGCAUUUCUCAGGUUUGAAGAAAACUGUGAUGAUUAUUGUGAGAACGAUAAUUACUUUGGGGACUGUGGCAGUGAGUCAUGUGAUGGUUGCUCCUACAGCAAGUUUUAUGACAAGGAUGAUUGUGUGCUUCUCAAAGGUCUGUCGGGCACUGUGAAUUUAGAGUUGAUAAGUCCAUCUUAUCUGUUUAUUGGCAGGAUGGAUUUUAAAUGGUGCGUUAUGUUUAGCCAGUUGAAAACAUUGUUGCUUAGUGACUGGUGUGUGGCUGCAAACUUCAGUGGACUAAUUUACUUUGUCCAGCACUCGCCAAUUCUAGAGAGACUUACCCUUCAGCUUGAAUGUUAUGAGGAAGAAAUUACGAUCAAAAAAGAAGAAAGCUACAACCCAAGGUCACAAUUCUUGGUAUCGGAGCACCUAAAAGUAGUUGAAAUCAAUUGUCGCAAGGAAGAUGAAACAAUUCACCAUAUUGUAAAGAUCCUUGGUACACAUGGAGUACCUCCUGAGUGCAUUAACAUCAAAUCGAAUUUCCGUGGCCUCGUGCGUUUCAGUUUCGAGUAAAGAAGUAGUUCCGCUAGUAAAAUAUUUCCUUGCUCAUUAGCACUCUAUGCCACUGAAUUUGGUACCUUGACGUUGCUGCGUUCUGUCUACCAAGGUUGGAUCUCUCUGUCCCAUUCUGAAGAACUCAGAACAUAAUUUCUUAUGUGACUUGCUUGGAUGCACUUGGUUUGGUGCACAUCUAAGUGGGUUGCUUAUAUCGUGAACUCAAUAUCAGUUCUGAACUGAUUUCCCUGUUGGAAUUCUUAGUUUUAUUUUGAUGUUUGAGGAACUUAUCUAGUACCUGAACUCAUGUAAUAUGGUAUGUACGUUCUAUCAAGUAAACUCGAUUAUGCUUAAA